CCCUCCCAUAAUGCUUUGCCCCUAGAGCUGCCCGGAGCCGGUGCGGAGUGUUCGGGGCUGAGGGCGGAAGAUGGCGGCUCCGGGGCGGGAGGAGGUUGCCGGUCCGGUGAGGUUUGAGGAGGUGGCGGUGUAUUUCUCGGAGGAGGAGUGGGAUCGGCUGGAUGCUCGGCAGCGGCUCCUGUAUCAGGAGGUCAUGAUGGAGAACUAUGAGCUGGUGACCUCUGUGGGUCUUCUGCUCCAUAAAGUUCAUACAUCCAAUCUUGAAUCCAAAGGGAAAUCCAGAAUGAGGAUAAAAAGAGCGAAGCCCCUAGAGUCUCAAACUGGGAUAUCAGAGAUAAACCUUAUUAUAAAAGAAGAUGAGGACCUGGCGCUCUCCUCGCAGUCUGACCAAGAGGAGCCAACCGGAUAUCGAGGUGAGGAUUUUCGGGUGACUCAAAGUCUUUCACGUGACGCCCCGUCUCCCAAUCUGCUGAAGCCGGACCUUAAUGGCAGUAACGUGGCACCCAAGCAGAGCUCCCGUUUACCUGCAGACAGACCGUAUUCCUGUUCAGAUUGUUACCGCAGCUUCAUUCGGAAAUCCCACUUGACCAGCCACCAGCGCACUCACCGAGGAGAACGCCCCUACCCCUGUGAGAUAUGUGGCAAACGAUUCCACUACCGCCACCACCUGGUGGGACACCAACGCAUCCACACAGGGGAGAAGCUGUUCUCGUGUGAAUACUGCGGGAUCCAGUUUAACCAUAAAGGGAACUACCAGACUCACCAGCGGCUGCACACGGGGGAGCGCCCCUUCUCAUGUAACAUGUGCGGAAAAAGCUUCAACCGGAAGGCUGACCUGAUCACGCACUGCCGCAUCCACACCGGGGAGAGGCCUUUCACAUGUUCUGACUGCGGUAAAAGUUUUAGCCGUAAACAGCACCUGGUGACCCACAGGCGUAGGCACACCGGCGAAACCCCCUUCCCCUGUGACCAAUGCCAGCAGAGGUUUGCCCACCGGAAGGCUCUUCUGCGGCACCAGAACCUGAUUCACUCUACAGAGAGACCAUACGCCUGCCCGGCAUGUGGUAAAGGGUUUGCCUGCCGUUCACAUCUCCUCACUCACCAGCGCGCCCAUCAGAACGGCAGCUGUGCCGGUGGGGAAAAGCCAUUCUCCUGUGAUCAGUGCCGCAGAAGCUUUGGGGCUCAGCCUCACCUGCAAGCACAUAAGAGAAGCCACAGCGGUGUGCCGGGCGAUCGGCCCUUCAAAUGUGACGACUGUGGCAAAGGAUUCAAUAGCAGGAAGUACCUGAGCCGGCACCAGAAGAUCCAUACAGGCGAGCGCCCCUUCCGGUGCAAUGUUUGUGGAGACUCUUUUAUCCAGAAACCCAACCUGGAGCGGCACAAGAGCAUCCACAGUGGGCAGAGGCCCUUCCCGUGUCUGGUGUGUGGUGGAAGCUUCUACAAGAAGCACAACCUGGUCCGGCACCAAAGAAUUCACACGGGUGAGCGGCUGCACUCCAGCUGUAGAGUGUCCCAACCAGUCACCGCACCAUCCCUGACAAGGGGGAACCGGGCAGGAAGCCUAUCCAGGAAGGGCUGUAACCACUCCGAGGAUUAGAACAUGACCAUAUGUACGGCGCAGAGAGGAGCAGCUCGUCAAGAUUUAUGGACAUUUAUAGAGCUGUAGAUACAGAAUGGCGCAGUGUGAUCUAAAAUGAAUGAGGCAGACAGGCGCGGUGUAAUCAGACGUUGGGAAUGAUACGAAUUGAUGUGGUGUGACCCGACGCUGGGAAUGAUAUGGACUGACGGGGUGGGACCCGACGCUGGGAAUGAUAUGGACUGACGGGGUGGGACCCGACGCUGGGAAU